UACUAAAAUGCUUCUUAAUAUAAGGUGCACAAUGCUUUUUGCCAAGGUUGUUUGCACCACUAAGACAACCCUUCAAGGUCACUUUCCUUGAUUGGCUUUUCGUGAUUGUAUACUAUUGUGUUGUAUACUAUGUAUUGACUGCAUAUCACCAUGAUAGCGCUUAGUGUUUCAUAAUUUUCAGUUUUCAGAAACGGUAACUGUACGUUAGUUGCCAAAUAUUUUAUUAUCAGAGAAAUAAACAUAAACAUACAAUGACCUGGUUAAAAUCCUAUCUACCAUAUUUUGCCAUAACAUUAGGCAGUUCAUUUCCUUUUGGAUAUCAAUCAGGCGUUAUAAAUGCACCAGCUGAAUUAAUCAAAAAUUUUAUAAAUUCUACUUUCAUGAUUAGAAUGAUGCAAUGUGAUAAACAAUGCAUUGAUUUGAUUUGGUCAAUUUGUGUUACAUUUUUCGUUGUUGGUGGAUUUCUCGGUGGUUUUAUUGGUGGUAUUCUCGCUAAUAAAUUUGGUCGAAAGAAAUCACUACUUCUGUUGUCUAUUCCAACAAUUAUUGGAUCACUUUUAAUGUUAUUUUCUAAGGCAUCACAAUCCUUCGAAAUGAUCAUCGCUGGUAGAUUUAUAAUUGGAAUUGCGUGUGGUGCUCAUACCGUGGUUGGACCUAUGUAUCUGUCAGAAAUAGCUCCUGUAUCAUUUCGUGGAGCUGCUGGCACAUUAAAUCAACUCGUAGUUGUUUGUGCUAUUCUAUUAUCACAGCUGCUUGGUUUACCUGAAGUAAUGGGAACAGAUGAAUUAUGGCCUUAUCUACUUGCAUUAUGUAUUGUUUCCAGUAUUAUACAUAUUAUGUUAUUAUCAACUUGUCCUGAAAGUCCUACCUAUUUAUAUAUUGUCAAAGGAGACCGCCGAAGAUCAGAAAAUGCACUUGUUUCUUUAAGAGGUGAUGACUGUGAUAUACAAUCUGAAUUAGAGAUUUUAAAGAGAGAGAUGGAGUGUUCACUUACACGUAAAGCGAAUAUUUGUGAUCUACUACGUGUUCCAUAUUUAAGAUGGUCAUUAAUUACGGCUCUCAUACCACAUAUUGGUCAACAGUUUUCUGGUAUAAAUGGGAUUCUUUAUUACUGUGUCACUCUCUUUAUGUCGAAUGGUUUAACAGAAAAACAAGCAAGGUAUGCAAAUCUCGGUACUGGGUUUACAAUCCUAAUCGGUGCAUUCUCAUCCAUAUUUCUUAUUGAUCGUAAAGGCAGACGACCAUUAUUAAUAUCCAGCAUAUCUGUUUGUCUUGCCAGCUUUUCACUUUUCACCUUAGCAUUGAUUAUUAAACAGGCAACAGAAGUUAGUUGGCUUACAAUUGUAUCAAUUGGAUUGACGUAUACUUUUCUAUUCGGAUUUUCAAUAGGUUUAGGUUCUAUUCCAUGGUUUUUGGUAUCUGAAUUGUUCAUUCAAGAAAAUCGAGAUGCUGCUGUAACUAUUGCUGUUGCAACUAACUGGAUGUGUAAUACUAUAGUAGCCUUAGUAUUUCCACAAUUGAUUACACAUGUUGGUAUAUAUGCUUUUAUACCAUUUAUAGUGGUCCUGAUAGCUGUCCUGAUAUUUAUUGUACGAUAUCUACCCGAAACAAAAGGCAGAACUCCAGAUACUAUUCAAGCCUUCUUUAUGCACGCUUGUAGCAGUCGUGUAAUUGAUGAAGCAUACGAAAAUCCUUCAUUCACUGAUACUACAGAAGCUGCAAUACAAGAAGACAGACAGACGCAGAUUAGUUUAAUAACCUAGAAUAUAUAUAUAUAUAUAUAUCAGGGAAUCUCACGUCGAAUCAACCAUACAAUCGUUCUCAUAUUGUUCUUUCAACUACUUUCUAACUGUCUCUUUAUUUUUAUAUUCGACUUUGUGUAUAUUUCUUAUUUGUAAAUUUCAUAAUAAUGUGCACAUAUACCCUACUUUAAGUUUCGCCCAUUUUUUGUUCCUUAACACUUAAGUUACUCUAAUCUGUUACUAGUCUCUCUCUCUCGACAUUUACUUUCUUUAUGUGAGUACUUUUUUCAACUUAUUAUUUAGUUUUAAUUGUUUAUUAUAUAUUUAUUUAUUUACUUACUUGGUCACUUAUCUGGUUGUUCUUAAUAUCAUUAAUAUAAUUGUACUGAAUCAUGAUAUAUGCAAUCUUUGUAUUGUUAAUGGAAUGUAAUCAUAACAGAGGCUGUUGUCGUUGUUCACCUUAUUUUAAAUCAUCAGAUAUUUUUCUGUCUAUUUGAGCUUUUAAAAAGUAUGACAGCAUUUUUUGUUUUCAGUUUUCAGUAAUUAAAUUUACAUUAAAAGAAUUUCAGUUUUUG